AUGGCGCCCAAAGCCCAUCUGGUGCAUAGUCAUGCCCACGAAUCUGACAUUCCUGGAACCGUCGACCUUCGCGCAGCCGAGGGCGACGAUACAGCAUACGGCCAGGCACUGUUCCCAGUGCCAGCGGAGGAUCCCAAUGACCCGUUACAGUGGCCAUCUUGGAGGAAGAAUAUGAUAUUGGUGGUCUGCUCGCUCUAUUCCUUCCUCAGCAACUCGGCACUCCUGGGUCCAGCCGUGUACAUCGAGAUCUGGGCGGAAAGCUUCAAGAUUUCGCCAGUCACCGCUUCUGGUUUGAUUAGCUACCCUAACAUCUGCUACGGUCUGGGAACAUUGAUCACCGUACCGAUGUAUCUCAAGUUCGGCCGACGCCCAGUGAUGCUGGCGUCCCUCUUGAUAUACUUGGUUGGGUUGAUUGGCUGUGCUUGUAGCACAAGCUAUGGUGGACUGAUGGCUUCAAGAAUCAUUCAUACCUUUGCAAGUGGUGUUUGCGAGGCACUUCCUGUGCAGCUCGUAAAUGAUAUCUUCUUCUUGCAUGAGCGAGGCAACAAGCUCGGCUACUACACAGUCUGUCUAUGUGUUGGCUCCACUGGCCCAUUAUAUGCAGGAUAUAUGCUGGCUGGAGGUUACAGCUGGAGACUGUACUUCUAUGUCGAAAUCGCAUUCGCUGGCCUGCUCUUCAUUCUAGGAAUACUGUUUGUCGAGGAGACAGCGUACAAGCGCAAUACGCCCCGUGGACCCGCUUUGCCAAACCCAAAUGGCGAAAAGCGUGUGUUCGCGCAGCAAGAGCUUGAUAAGAGGUCGGACGAGGUCGAGCACGUCGAGGUCGAGACAUUAGUACCUCCUCGACGUACAUUCAUGCAGACUCUGAAGCCUUGGUCUGCUAUCGACCCGGAUGAGCAGUUCUUCAUGACAGCCAUUCGGUCUUUCAGCUACUUCCUGGUACCAGCGGUGCUCUGGGUCGUUACCACUUACGGUAUCUACAUCGGUUUGGGCGCCCUAGUCUUCAACUACACCUUCCCCACCAUAAUUGUGGCACCUCCAUACAGCUGGAAGGCGGAAAACUCUGGACUAAUCGCGCUUGGGAACAUCAUUGGUUAUGGGCUAGCUAUUCCGCUCGUAUGGACUUCCGAUCGACUAGCAGCAUACCUCACGAAGCGAAACGGUGGUAUUCGUGAAGCUGAAAUGCGUCUGGGUGUACUCAUUCCAGCUUGCUUCAUCGCUCCCGCAGGUCUGAUCAUCUACGGGUUCACGGCACAAGACCAGCUGCACUGGGUCGGCUACUUUGCCGGCGUAGCCAUGUGUGACUGGGGAAGUUACUUCUACUUCACGUUCACCUUGGCUUACGCCGUCGAUAGCUACAACGCCAACACAUCCGAGAUGCUGAUCGCCAUGUGCGUCGGCAAGCAAAUGAUCAGCUUUGCUUUUGGGCUGUACUUGCUGGACUGGGUGGUCAAGAGCGGCUACGUGACGAUCAUCGCGGGUGUUUUCUGUGGUGUGCUGUUCGCGAACAAUAUCAUGCUAUUCGUGUUCAUGUUCUUUGGUAAAAGGAUCCGAAAGUUCUACACUGGAACGUUCCUUGCUCGAUGGCAUAAGAAGACCGUCAAGCAGGUGAUGACCCACUAG